AGCUAUCAUCAAUAACAACAAAGGUCACACAUAUAAGUCAGGCUCAAUGCUGUGACUGGCCUUUUGAUACCUUAUAUUAUAGCUCCCUGUGGCCCCAAGGAAAAAAAAAUCUUGUCUUCCAGUUUCAAUGUCCGAGUAGCUACUAUUUAGUGCAUAAAACAGGUGAAUCGUCUAUCGUUGAAUCAUGUCGACAACCCUCCCGAAAAUUGGGGGUUCCCAUCUUUUGUCUUUGCCCAUUAGAACAUCUGCCUACCAUCAAGACCCUCUGAUUUAUAUUGACCGUGAAGCGAAACACAUCCAACACAACCUACAGGUUCUUAUUGAUGCCCAAAGUGAAGGUCUCCUAGCAGGUUUGAAAGGACCACAGCCAGACGAAACACCCUCGACCGGAAGUGGUACCCCUUCCACCGAACGAAGUGGCUUUCAAAGGCUUCCGAUCGUCCCAGUUAGACAGCCCAUUGUGGAGAAGAUUAGCUUGCGUGCCGCACGCGAAGGGAUCUUCAAAUCCAUCUUUGACUUGCUGAAACUUAGGGAGGAGGAACGAGAAAUACUCAAAGCCCGUGUUGCCGAACGAACGGGUGCGCUGGAUGAAAUAAACGGCUUUGCUACCAAGAAGGCCGGGCUGGAGGAGGCUAUCUCGACCAUCUACACCAACAGGGAAAGUCAGCGCACUAGGGAACUUCGAGCGGAAGGCCACAAACUCGAGGCGGACAUUCAUGAGUUGGAGACAAGACUGUCUCAGAUGAAAGCCAGACAUCGUCAUGUUUUGGGAGAGUUAGCAAAUGUGGAAAACUCGGUGGACUCCAAGUUGUCUUCUUACAAGGCCUCCUUAGCCCUUCUAGAAUCGGAUAUCCGAAAGUUCCUUCAGAACCCCCCUGUUCCACCCCAGCCGAGUCUCACUAACAGCACAACAUUCUAUGCAUUGAACUCUAAACGCCGGACCCUUGAUAUGGCUCAAGAGCAUUGGACAACAGAGCAGUUAGAGUUGCGGAAAAGACAGCAAGAAGUAGAUCUUGAGAUACAGGCACUUGAGGCAGGAGGUGGAGUAUGGAAACAAGUUGUUGUGGAAGUUUAUCGGUUCGAGAUGCGGUUGAAGAUAGCAAUGCGACGCUCACUACAGGGUCAGUCACAGGUUUUAGAGCCUGGCGGAGUUACUGGGAACAAUUCUGAACUUGAUCAUGCUCAUGAAAUCUUGGAAGAUCUCAGAAAUACAACAGAACACUUGGAACACUAUCUGGGUUUGGCGGAGGAAAAAGACUGGAAACUGCUCGUCUGUUGCAUUGCUACAGAACUCGAAGCCCUGCGGGAAGCACGGGGAAUGCUUCUCGACUUCUUCGAUAUGCCGGAUGACAGUCCUUCGCAGUAUUCAGCACGAAGGAUAUCUGUCAAGUCUGAAGAGGAUACCAUACAUGAUGCACAGCUCGAUCCUCUCGGGGUUGAUAACCCCGAACCUCCAGCUGAUCUAUUGAAGGAUGCAGAGGAACAUCACUCUGGUAGCAUUGCUACGUCGGAAGACGAGGAUGAUGAGCCGGACCCUGCUUGGCUGCUUCCUGAGACUUCGAUAUGACCAAUGGUCCGAGAUAUAGAAUUUUCGCGGGACUUCACUAUAUGUAAUUAUGAGGAAAGACCGCAAUGAUAUCAAUGUAUAUCUAGUAGUAGUGCCUUGAGCUGAACUCUUAUUGGUCAGUCGUCAAGUUGGGGAAAGCAAUAAACAAAUGCCUGCAAAAGAA